CAUUUCCCUAAUCUUACCUUGAACACACUUCUGCCACCGCUGCGCCGCCGCCGUCGGGACAAGUGAUAAGAUGAGGUGUAGCAGCGGGACCGUAUCGCCCGUAUUCUCAUUGGCAGCGCCCGGCUAGUGGGGUCGACGGCGCUAGGACGUAUUAUUGCGCAACCGUCUUCCAGAGCGAGAGGUGUACAAAUACAACCCUUCCCCAGCGCAUCCGAUUUCCGCAGUCAAAGAGAUAGACAGAGGACAGAAACAUGGCAUCCUUCACCGACAAAGUCGUCAUCAUAACUGGCUGCUCCUCUGGAAUCGGCCUCGCUACAACACAACUCUUCCUCUCACGCCAAGCCAAAGUCUUCGGCAUCGACAUCGCACCUUUCACCGCCGAAACCACCAAGGAUGUUCCCUUCGAGUUCCACCAGGCUGACCUCAUUGAGCCGCAAGCUGCCUCGGAAGCUGUCGCGCGUUGCACCGCUAUCUUUGGAAGGAUAGACGUCCUCGUCAAUUGCGCGGGCAUCUCGGAUGGGUGGUCUAGCGCGGACUCGCUGAAGGAUGUCGAGUGGGAGCGCGUCAUGGCAAUCAACCUUACGGUGCCAGUGAGGCUGAUGACGGCGGUUUUGCCGGCGAUGAAAGAGCAGGGGAAAGGGAGCAUCGUCAAUGUGGCGAGUAAAGCGGGAGUGAGCGGGGCGGCAGCGGGGAUUGCUUACACGGCGUCGAAGCAUGGACUUGUUGGCGCGACGAAGAACGUGGCGUGGCGCUUCCGCAAUGAUAAUAUUCGCUGCAACGCUGUGCUGCCUGGUGGCGUCGCAACAAACAUCCAGAACUCAGUCAACAUGGACUGCUUCGACAAGGACGGCUUUAGUAGCUUCUUCCCCGUGGUGGAAAUGCACGUCGCAAAGAACGAGAAGGGACAGCCCGUGCCGGUGAUUACCCCUAACGAUGUCGCCAAGGGUAUCGCGUACCUAGCCUCGGACGAGGCGCGGAUGGUGAACGGUGCAUUACUACCCAUCGAUGCGGCGUGGUCGACUUUGUAACCAGAUUCGUGGAAUAGGUGAUCUGGAGUGUUACAACCGAUCAAACACCUAUUACCAGUUCCAGGAUUAGAGUAUAUCAGCGACUGUCCAUUAUACGACGCUACAGCUAAAUCCAAUAAUAAAAUUCUUAC